GUUAAAAAAGAUUAUCCACUGAGUUUUUUCCAUUAUGAAUAUUAAUCUAUUAAUCCCCCCCCCCCCCCCAAAAAAAAAAAAAAGCAGAGUUAAAUUAUUAAAUUAUUAAUUCCACUAGUUAUAAAUUUAAUAGAAUUUCCAAAAUGGUUUUUUUUUGUUUGUUUGAAAACCAAACAAAUAUAGGAUUGUGGCAGUUAAAAAAAAAAGAAAGAAAGAAAGAAAAAGAACUAAUUUUCAAUUACCUUCACUUGUACCUCAAGAUAAGAUAAAAGAGGUUUGAAAAUUUUGCCUCCCCCAUAUACCAUAUGUUUGUUUCUUCUUGUGAUGGAUAUAUUAUGAAAUGAUUUUAGCUAAUGGUCGGAAAAGUGAAAGGCUUUUUAUUAGGACAGUCGGCCCCUAACUUUUUUUUUCCUCCCUUAAAACAAAAAGGAAAAAAAAAUUCCUUUUUUUUUUUUUUUUUUUUUCCUUCCUUAAGCACUGUCCUUGAUAUCUUGAGACACGUUCCUUAAGAGGACGGCAGAAUAAAUUUUCUGGGUGGCAAUUCCUGUAUGUAUAUAAACCCAUUCUCCCAUCCACUCUCAUCAUUCCAUUUUGAGAAGCUCUUACAAACUUACAUACAAAAUAUCAUUGAAGAGAGAAGUAUAGAAGAGUCAUUUACUCACAAUCAUAUAUCUAUCUAUCUAUCUAUUUAUUGUUUCUUACUUAGUUUUUUCUUUAUCCUAAAAAUACAGAUAGAUUGAUAGAUAGAUAGCAAAAAAGAAAGAAGAAGAUUGUGGUGUGGUGUGGUGUGGUAGCUAAUAAGCUAGGCUAGCCAUGUGUAACCCAAAACCUUCCUCUCCUAAUAAUUCUUCAUUUCUUCCUUCAACUAACUACAAAACCAACUUCAUGACCACCACCACUCCCAAAAAGAACUUGGACAAUAAUAAAAAUAACCUUAAUAUUCAUCAUCAUCUUAAUAACAAUCUUCUCAAACCUUCUGAUGAUCAACUGGCUCAACUUCAUAGAUUCCCAACUCUUUCUGAGGCAGUGGAAGAAAUGAAGGAAAUAGGGAAGAUUUCGGGUCCAACAGCAAUAACAGGGCUACUUUUGUACUCGAGAGCUAUGAUCUCCGUGCUUUUUCUUGGUUACCUUGGAGAACUUGAACUUGCAGGGGGUUCUCUUUCUAUUGGCUUUGCUAACAUCACUGGUUACUCUGUUCUUUCUGGUUUAGCCAUGGGAAUGGAACCCAUUUGUGGUCAAGCUUAUGGAGCUAAACAAUGGAAACUCCUUGGUAUAACUCUUCAAAGAACUGUUCUUCUUCUUCUUACUUCCUCUGUUCCUAUCUCCUUCAUGUGGCUCAACAUGAAACGAAUCCUUUUAUGGUGCGGUCAAGAUGAGGAAAUCUCUACUGUUGCCCAAACUUUCAUUCUCUUCUCAAUUCCUGAUCUAAUUUUCCUCUCUCUUCUUCAUCCUCUUCGUAUUUAUUUAAGAACUCAAAGCAUUACUCUCCCAUUGACUUAUUGCUCUGCCCUCUCUGUUUUGCUUCAUGUUCCCCUGAAUUUCCUCCUUGUUGUCCAUUUCAAAAUGGGGAUUUCUGGUGUUGCCAUUGCCAUGGUUUGGUUUAAUUUAAACGUCUUCUUGUUCCUUGUCUCUUUUGUUUACUUCUCUGGAGUGUAUAAAGAUUCUUGGGUUUCUCCAAGUGUGGAUUGCCUCCAUGGAUGGACGCCUCUGCUUUCUCUUGCAAUUCCCACUUGUGUCUCUGUUUGUCUUGAAUGGUGGUGGUAUGAAUUCAUGAUAAUGCUUUGUGGACUUCUUGUUAAUCCCAAAGCUACAAUUGCUUCAAUGGGGAUUUUGAUUCAAACCACUUCUUUAGUUUACGUUUUCCCUUCCUCUCUCAGCUUUGGUGUUUCCACUAGAGUUGGAAAUGAAUUAGGGGCAAAUCGACCUGCCAAAGCGCGCAUUUCCAUGAUCGUUUCACUCAUUUGUGCCGUUGCGCUUGGCGUGGCAGCCAUGGUAUUCACCACUCUAAUGAGGCACAAAUGGGGUAGAUUUUUCACCGAUGACGCCGAGAUUUUGGAACUCACUGCAGUGGCAUUGCCGAUCGUGGGGCUUUGCGAGUUAGGGAAUUGCCCACAAACCACCGGCUGUGGUGUUUUGAGAGGAAGCGCUCGGCCGACGACAGGAGCAAACAUAAAUUUGGGAUCAUUCUAUUUGGUGGGUUUUCCAGUGGCGAUUUUGAUGGGGUUUGUAGUGAAAAUGGGUUUUGCAGGGCUAUGGAUUGGGUUACUUGCGGCUCAAGGUACAUGUGCUUUGAUGAUGAUUUAUGUACUUUGCACAACAGAUUGGAUGGUUCAAGUUGAAAGAGCAAUGCAACUAACCAUGGCUUCUUCUUCUUCUUCUUCUAAUUGCAAUCCACCAUUGUUGCCAAUUUCAGUUUCUUCUUCUUCUUGUUGUUCAGAAGAUGAAGAAGAUGAUGAUAAUGGUAAAGAUGGUGGAAGUAAUGGUCAGAGUAUGAAAAAGAUUGAAAAUUUGGAGCAGAUUUUGUGCAGUAAUCAUGAAACUCAUCCUCUCAUUCCCACUCCUACAAAACAAACUACUGUUCAUUAAGUUCUUAGUUAAUUUUCUUUUUUUUUUUUUCUUCUUCUUUCUAAUUUUUGCCCCCUCUUGAGGAGUCCUGAUGUGAAAACCAAUUUAUUUAAUCGACCCCACUUAUUGUAGAAA